AUGGAUUUGUCGAAGUAUACUGAGUGCCUCUCUCAAUGGCCUGCCCAUAUUCCUGCGGGCUUGCCGACCUAUGGAGCGUUGCUGCUCCUUGCGGCGGGUGCGCUGCAAGUUGGCUGUCACGUCUGGACGUUCGUGCGCGUGCUGCUCAGCCUGUUCGUGCUUCCGGGCAAACCGCUCCGCUCGUUCGGUCCCCCCGGUAGCUGGGCUGUUGUGACAGGUGCCUCCGAUGGCCUGGGCAAGGAAUUUGCUCUGCAAUUGGCCAAGGCGAAGUUCAACAUCGUUCUCGUUUCCCGCACAGCCUCCAAGCUGGAGACUCUCUCUGAGGACAUCACCAAGCAGUUCCCCCAAGUGCAGACCAAGACCCUCGCAAUGGACUUUUCGCAAAACUCCGAUGCCGACUACGAGGCCCUCAACCAGCUUGUCAGCGAGCUGGAGGUCUCUGUUCUUGUCAACAACGUCGGUCUUAGCCACUCGAUCCCCGUUCCUUUCGCUCAGACCCCCGCCGCCGAAAUGGCCGAUAUCGUGACAAUCAACUGCACCGGAACUCUGCGCGUCACCCAGCUCGUUGUGCCCGGCAUGAUGCAGCGUCGCCGCGGUCUGAUUCUGACCAUGGGCUCUUUCGGUGGUCUGCUUCCUACACCCUUCUUGGCCACUUACUCCGGCAGCAAGGCUUUCUUGCAGCACUGGUCCACCGCUCUUGGUGGUGAACUUGCUCCCUAUGGUAUCGAUGUCGAGCUUGUCCAGGCUUACCUGAUCACCUCUGCUAUGUCCAAGAUCCGCCGUGCUUCUGCUUCCAUUCCUAACCCUCGCACUUUCGUUCGCUCCGUGCUUGCUAAGAUUGGCCGCAGUGGUGGUUCCACCUCGUAUGCUUACAGCUCCUCGCCUUACUGGAGCCAUGGUAUCAUGGCUUGGUUCCUGACUUCUGUUGUUGGGACCAUGGGCAAAUUUGUUCUCGGACAGAACAAGUCUAUGCACGAGAGUAUUCGCAAGCGUGCUCUUCGCAAGGCUGAGCGUGAGGCCGCCAAGAAGAGCACUUGA